AUGGUCAAGUUUUCUAGUGGUAUGUGGUGGGUCGGUCCGCACGUUUCCAUCAGUUGGGCUACGGAAGUCGUCAAGAGCGAAGCCUUGGAAGAUCGCAUCCGAUGUGUUGUGUCAACGAAGCGUAUCAAUCAUCGCGGCGAUACGCUCAAUACGCCGACCAUCACUAUGGAGUGUUCCUCUCCAAUCCCCGACACCCUGUUCCUUGAGGCAUAUCACUGGAAGGCGCAGCAGCCGACGUUAAAUGGCCCCGACUAUGAAGUGUUCCCCGAUGUCGAUAUUGACAAGUUCUGCGCGGAUCGGCAAGAUGGGCUGGGAACAUCCAAGACAGAAUCAGAGCUCAAGAUCGCAACUAAAACUCUGUCUGCCGUCUUCGAUACGCGUCCGGGGAUUUUCAACCUUGAUAUCAAGUCCCACAACGUCAAGAAUCCGACAAGCAUCACAUCGUCAUCAAACUACCUUCUUACCCAGCUGGGCUGGCGAUCUGUGGGCUAUGUUAAGCACGAUACGAACUUCGAUCAUCCCAAUCUCACCCUAGCCGAUCCUGACAAGGGAAAGAAGUGGAUGACGCUGCAGUUCCAGCUUUCUGUGGGCGAGAAGAUAUACGGUCUCGGAGAACGAUUUGGAUCGUUCAUUAAGAAUGGCCAGACCGUAGACAUGUGGAACGAGGAUGGUGGGACGUCAUCCGAACUAACGUAUAAGAACGUACCCUUCUAUAUCAGUUCUCGGGGCUAUGGAAUAUUCGUCGCGUGUCCAGGUGCUGCGAGUUUUGAGGUUCAAAGUGAACGAACUACGCGUGUCAAUAUAUCUGUACCCUUUGAGAAACUGUCCGCCUACAUCAUCCAUGGCCCCACGCCUGCUGCCAUCAUCGAGCGAUACACCAUGAUCACUGGUCGUCCCGCCCUUCCUCCUGCCUGGACGUUCAACCUCUGGUUGUCGACAUCGUUCACGACAAACUACGACGAAGGAACCGUGACUAAAUUCUUAAAAGGGAUGGAGGACCGCGACAUUUCGGUCGGCGUUUUUCAUUUUGAUUGUUUCUGGAUGAAAGGAUUUCACUGGUGUGAUUACGAGUUCGAUACUGACCUCUUCCCGGAUGCCAAAGGGCAGUUGGCUCGACUGAAGGAGAAGGGGUACAAGAUCUGUGUCUGGAUAAACCCUUACAUAGCGCAAGAGAGCAAGAUUUUUGACGAGGGCGUGAAGAAGGGAUACUUCAUCAAGAAGCAAGACGGGAGCGUGUGGCAGUAUGAUUACUGGCAAGCCGGCAUGGCAUGGGUGGACUUUACGAACCCUGAGGCGUGUAAAUGGUACCAGUCAAUGCUGACGACACUCAUGGAUAUGGGAGUCGACUGUUUCAAGACCGAUUUUGGUGAACGAAUCCCUACCGGGAACACAGUCUAUUUCGACGGGUCCAAUCCAGAAAAGAUGCACAACUACUACGCUUUUCUGUAUAACAAGGUCACAUUUGACGUCAUCGAGAAGGAGGUCAGCGCUUUCCGGUCCAUUGGGGAGGUGACCCAAUGUCGACUUUCGAGGCUAUGGCUGAGACUCUGCGAGGUGCACAUUGCACUAUUGUUGACAAAUACCAAAGGUGGCUUUGAAGGAAAGCCAGAUCCGGCUCUUUACAAGCGAUGGUUCGCCUUUGGAUCGUUGUCAAGUCAUUCCCGUCUUCAUGGAAGUGGGAGCUUCCGUGUACCCUGGCUUCUUGACGAGUCUGGCGAAGCCGACGCAGUCUUAAAGAAAUUCAUCGACCUCAAACUGACCUUGAUGCCCUAUCUGUUUAUCACGGCGAUCAAAACACAUCAGACUGGAGUUCCUAUGAUGCGUCCAUUAUUCGUUGAAUUUCCGGAAGAUCCCACAGCUUGGAACAUAGAUACGCAGUACAUGCUCGGGCCCAAUCUCAUGGUUGCUCCCGUCUUCAAUGCCGAAGGCUCUGUGCAGUACUACGUUCCAGAAGGCAAUUGGUACGGAAUAAUAGAUAGGAAGAUCCGCACUGGCCCCAAGUACUUUACCGAGACUCACGACUUCAUGAGCCUUCCUCUUCUUCUAAAGCCUGGCGGCGCUGUCGUCAUGGGAAAUCCCAGUCGCAGCCAUGGUCGGAAACUGGCUGUUUACGACUACACUUCGGACUUUACCGUUCUCGUGAACCCGCCUUCGGAGGAAAGGAUGGAUAUCGAGGUUGAGCUCCCAAAUAGCGAAGGUGACGUUGUUACACUCUUGAAGGUGGAAGGAAGUUCAAGGACUGGAGUUACGGUGAGCGUUUUAAGAGGAAUUGUGAGGGGUCCUUGGAGGGUCAGAAUCGUCAACGAAUUAGGGGUGGAAUUCGACGCUGCGGUCACUCAGGGUACAAUAGUUACGGUAUGUGCCUGUUAAUUGUUAAAUUUUUCCUCCUGUAGCUAUAAAUAUACAUAGCACAUAUCUAUACUUGUCCACAGUUAUAAAAAGAAACAUUCCAAUUUCCUAAUAACCACUAGUAACCAGGCAGAUA